AGGAAACGAGGUACACCAGAUACGUGAUACACGAUGAUAGCUCUACUCAUGGCACUAGUAGCGACGCUAAGAUUAGGAGAGGGUAAAGGACACAAGCACUGCAGACAGAUGGAGCUCCAUGACCUUUGUGAAACGCCCCAGGGUAGAGAAUGCAUUCAGUACACCCCUGACAUGCAACCAGUUUGCAACCAGUACCGAAUGAACAAAGCAACAAAGACCACCACCAUCCUGAGCAGUGAGACUGUCCCUUACUGGGACGCAGCCCCACCAGUAAUACUGCUGAUAACCGGUAACCAGACCGUUGCACCAGGAGAGCCGUUUGAGAUACGGUGCAUGGCUGAGGGAGCCCCAGCUCCCUUUAUCGAAAUAGUUUAUAAGGAAGACGCUGAUCUUAGUCCGGUACCUGGCUCUGUCUCCAACUCGGUGGAUAUUGAGAAGCGAGCAGUGCAAACAAUGAUGGCCCAAACUUAUGCUAUAGAACAAGACGAGGGCUGGUAUAGAUGUGUGGCUAAAAACGGGGAGGGAGUUAUCUAUGAGGAUACUUACCUUACUAUCGGUGAUUUAUGUGACACAGUGGUAUGUGAUGCACCCCAAGUUUGCAAAGCAGACUACGAUCUCGGAAUAGCUGAAUGUUCGUGUCCCUUCUGUACUUGGGAAAACUACGAGACCGAUCCUAACCUCUACUGUGGAACGGAUUGUGGCGUAUACUACUCACGGUGCUCCAUCGAAGAGGAGAAGUGCAAGGGAGUAGAUCUUGACAUCUUCCACGAUGGUGUUUGCUCCUCCUUCAGUCUGCCUGAGUACUCGUACGAAGAGCUACAAGAAACAGAAGUUUAUUACGGGGACGAGGUUGAGUUGGCCUGCAGAGGAAUUCCUGCUGGAGACACCCCUGGACCAGAACCAAGAAUCAUGUGGUACCAAGAUUGGGGGGCAGAUAUGGGCGGCAGGGAGCUGAUAGGGGAAGCUGUCCCCCAGGAACCCACGACACCUCCAACUCCAUCUCCAACACCCACCCCCCGAAUUAUAACCCCGGAGCCCUUGUCAAGUACGGAAUCCCGUCUCUACGAAUCCACGUCCCCCUACCUCAUCCCCACCACACCUCUCCCGCCUACAUUAAGAGCAGACGGUGGUUCCGUAUGUCAAAUUAUGGGAGACCCUAUGGUGUCCACCUUCGACAACAGAUGGUACAAACAAGACGGGGUGUGCACGUACGUUCUUGCUAUGGACUGCAGGUUCGCUCAGUGGUUUGUUUACGGACGGUUCAUGCAGUACGGUGAAACCAGUGCUUUAGAAAGCAUCACAAUCUACAGCGGGUAA